UGGGAAACAUUCAGUAAAAUGGCUGACUCAAAGGAAGAAGAUGAAGAUCGUUUGUUGAAUUUGGAGUUUGAAUGGCUGCUUAAAGAAGAAGUUCCAUUGGUCCUCAGUCAAUUAAAAGAUAUCCUAGAGGGAUGUCUUCAAAAGUUCAACGUAAAAAAAAGGAUUUCACCGGGGAAUGUGUAUAAGGCAGACAAUUUUCUAUUAUCACUCCCAAACUCUGACAUCGUCAAGGGUCUUAUUAGCAUUGCUGGGGACAGUGUUGUCAAGGCAGAUUUAAAAUUCAAAAUUCCGAAGCUUUCAAAUGGUACUUUUGGAACUUUCAUUUUUGACCAAUUUCCCUGGAAACUCCAGCAGCUACAAGAUGCGCACAACCAUCUGAUACUUGCCCUUGAAGAAGUGAAUGAAAGGGAGGUUGGUGGUAUUUUCACAUCUGGUCAAGAAAUAAACCAGCUAAUGGAGAGCAUUAUGUGCAGUUUGAGUCGUGGGAAAUCUCUGCUCUUAGUGCCACCGAAACAACCAUUGCCUCAUUUGAUAUCCAGUGGUAUGCAGCGUGUUUUAAACCCACCAUUGCCCGACGAGGUACUGGUCAAUUUUCACGUCAAUUGUGACAAACUUGUGUUUUGUGCCUAUGUACUAAACUGUUUAACAGGACCUCCGUCAAACUUAAAAAACUUACCUCAAGAUCCAAAUAAUAUUGGCCAUGUUUUUGAAUCUGGCUCACGAUGGUUUGAAGUUGUAAACAGGAUUGAGAUUGUAUGUACAGUUCCAUGGUUGAAAGAGAUCAUUAUUUUGUUCAACACAGCCCAGCAACUCUGUCAGCAAUUAAAAGAUAAGCUUACUUUGUUUAGUAAUAUUCUUAGUACCACUGAUCUCGACGAACUCGCUUUGCGCCGCGAUAACGCGCAGUCUGAUCGUAUGUCCUGAUCGAAUGUAGGCAUUCUGAUUGUUCCAUAAGCACGGUAUUGUGUUUAUCUGUUGAGAAGUAUACGAGAAAGACCUAUUCAUAAAGCUUCCCUUUAACCGUUUGCACACAUGAGUAUGUUCUGCGUCACUUUUCAGUACUUGUCUCAAUGGCCUAUGUGAGAGGAUAUAAGCAUCAGUUUUUUAUGUGGCCUUUCUUUUAAUUUGACAAAAGUUACAUAUCAUAAAAUUACACAACAUCCUAAUUCACAGCCUGCAUCAUUCUGCAGAUUUUCUGGACAGACUUUAAUGAACGGUAGACUGAAGAGACUUGUAGUAAACGGUUUAUGACUACAGGGAUGUUAUGCACUUCCCUGCUCCCUGUGGUAUCGUUUUGUACAUGGUGUCUAUUGUAAGUUGUUAUGAGCAUGAAUAAAAAGUUGCUUCCUUAACAACAAGUAAAUGAGAAUUUAUGAUAGCUGACAGUAAAAAUAGUUAUUAUUUAGAAUUACAUAGUGGUAAUUGAAUGAAAGUUGUUUUUAGUUCUAGUUGUUUUAAAACAACCAUUGAUAUAAAAUCAAAAUAGUGUUUAAAGUGAUGAAUUAAAAUUGUCAAGAAAUUGUAAAUUUUUAUGUGUAAAGUCAUUAUU